AUGUCGUUAGUUGGCAUCAAACAGCUGGUAACUAGUGCUAUGAAAGGAGACAAUAAUUCAGAUGGGCGCACACCCUUGCUUACCAGCGAUGGAACAUCCGAUAGUUCAAGGUCUCACUAUGGGACUGGAAACAUGAAUGCGGACCGCGAAUCAGCUCUCGGAGGUGUAAACUCCGAGUUCGGAGAGAAAGAGCGGAAUAGUGGGAUUUUCAGUAAUGUUGAUCCUAGGGUUAUGUCGGAUUUGAUUAUUGGUUUGAGUGACGGGCUCACGGUUCCAUUCGCUUUAACAGCGGGUUUAUCUUCUUUGGGUGAUUCUAAGCUAGUGAUAACUGGUGGCUUUGCAGAGUUGAUUUCGGGGGCUAUUUCUAUGGGAUUGGGUGGUUAUUUAGGUGCAAAAUCUGAAUCAGACUAUUAUCAUUCUGAAGUUAGGGAAGAGAAACGUAAAUUUUAUAGCAACACCCAGUUGAUUACCCAUGACAUUGAAGAUAUUCUACUUGAAAUAAACCCAGAUUUCUCCGAUGAGACUAUUGUAUCUUUUAUUAAGGAUUUGAAGAAGGAUCCAGAACUAAUGGUGGACUUUAUUAUUCGUUACGGUCGUGGCUUGGAGGUACCUGCUGAGAAUAGACAAAUUGUAUCGGCAGCCACAAUUGGAGGUGGGUAUUUUGUUGGAGGCUUUAUUCCUUUGUUACCGUAUUUCUUUGUGGAGCAGGUUGGAACCGGACUAUUACUCUCUAUCAUUGUGAUGGCAAUUACUCUAUUUGCGUUCGGAUUUAUAAAAACACAAAUAUCAAUGAACGGCAGUUGUACGCUAAGUAAGAAAUGCAUUGAAGGUGUGCAAAUGAUGGCGGUAGGUGGAACAGCCGCUGCCUCUGCCUGGUUUUUCGUUAAGCUUCUCGGUUAA